UCCAAUCAAGCAGGAGAGACCAGCCUCUCCUGUUCCCAGCUGUGUGUCCAUGAAGAGUGACCGGUCUAUGAAUAAACCUAUAGAGUUUAGAGAGGGAGACUUUUCUACUGAACAAAGGUACAAUGUAUCACGUCUGGUGAACAGGUUCCACAUCCUCAGUCAGACCAGUACAAACAGGAUCAGCAGCACAACAAGUCCAAUCAAGCAGGAGAGACCAGACUCCCCUGUUCCCAGCUGUGUGUCCAUGAAGAGUGACUGGUCUAUGGAUCAUCCUAUAGUGUUUAGAGAGGGAGACUUUUCUACUGAACAAAGCCCAAUCAAGCAGGAGAGACCAGCCUCCCCUGUUCCCAGCUGUGUGUCCAUGAAGAGUGACUGGUCUAUGGAUCCUCCUCUAUACUUUAGAGAGGGAGACUUUUCUACUGAACAAAGAAACCAACAGGAGAGAUCAGAGUCAGAGAUUCUCAGUGGUCAGUCUUCCCAGAGUCAUCAAACAGACCUGGCCUCCAUAUUCAGUUUGCUUGAAGAGAAAAUUAUGACAUUUGUGAAGAACGAGCUGAAGAUGUUCAAGAGGAUUCUUAGUCCAGAACUCCCACAAGGCUUUGAGAGUCAGAAACGGGAUAAGGAAGUGGUGGAUGCUGAAGAUGAGAAGCAGGAGAGCAGUGCCAGAGAGGGGGCUCUGAAGAUCACACUGCACAUCCUGAGGAAAAUGAACCAGAAGGAGCUUGCUGACACACUGGAGAAAUAUUCAGAUGAGCUCGCUGUGAUUUGCCAACGUGAACUCAAAUCUAAUCUAAAGAAGAAGUUUCAAUGUGUAUUUGAGGGGAUCGCUAAACAAGGAAACCCAACACUUCUCAAUAAGAUCUACACAGAGCUCUACAUCACAGAGGGUGGAACAGGAGAGGUCAAUAAUGAACAUGAGCUGAGACAGAUUGAGACAACAACCAGGAAACAAGCAAGACCAGAGACUGCAAUCAAAUGUAACGACAUCUUCAAACCCUUAACUGGACAAGACAAACCUAUCAGAACUGUGCUGACAAAGGGAGUCGCUGGCAUUGGAAAAACAGUCUCUGUGCAGAAGUUCAUUCUGGACUGGGCUGAAGGAAAAGCAAAUCAGGAUGUCCAAUUUGUAUUUUCAUUCCCUUUUCGGGAGCUGAAUUUGAUGAAAGGGGACAAACACACUUUCAUUGAACUUCUUAAUCACUUCUCAAUGGAAACCAAACAAUCAAGAAUCUCCAACUACAACAAGUACAAAGUUCUGUUCAUCUUUGAUGGUCUGGAUGAGUGCCGACUGCCCCUAGACUUCCAGAAGAACAAGAUCUGUUGGGACGUCACAGAGUCAACCUCAGUGGAUGUUCUGCUGACAAAUCUCAUCAAGGGAAAUCUGCUUCCCUCUGCUCUCCUCUGGAUAACUACCCGACCUGCAGCAGCCAAUAAGAUCCCUUCAGGGUGUGUUGACCAGGUGACAGAGGUACGAGGGUUCAAUGACCCACAGAAGGAGGAGUACUUCAGGAAGAGAUUCAGUGAUGAGGACCUGGCCAGCAGAAUCAUCUCACACAUAAAGACAUCAAGGAGCCUCCACAUCAUGUGCCACAUUCCAGUCUUCUGUUGGAUUUCUGCAACAGUCCUUGAACACAUGCUGAAACAUAAGAGAGAAGAGAUGCCCAAGACUCUGACUGAGAUGUACACACACCUUGUGGUGUUUCAUACCAAACAGAAGAAUGAAAAGUAUCUUGGGAAAGAAGAGACAGGUCCACACUGGAAUAAAGAGAGCAUUCUGUCACUGGGAAAACUGGCUUUUCAACAGCUUGUGAAGGGCAAUCUGAUUUUCUAUGAAGAAGACCUGAAAGAGGCUGGCAUUGAUGUUAAUGAAGCCUCAGUGUACUCAGGAUUGUGCACACAGCUCUUUAAAGAGGAAUGUGGGCUGUACCAGGACAAGGUGUACUGCUUUGUUCAUCUGAGCAUUCAGGAGUUUCUGGCUGCUGUAUAUGUGUUCCUCUCAUUCAUCAACAACAAUGAGAAUCUAAUGGACAAACUGCAAACAAAGUCCAUUACUUUCUACAAGAGUGCUGUGGAUAAAGCCUUACAAAGUGAGACAGGAAACUUGGACCUUUUCCUCCGCUUCCUUCUGGGCCUCUCACUGGAGUCCAAUCAGAAGCACUUACGAGGUCUACUGACAAAGACAAGAAGCAGCUCACAGAGCCAUGAAGAAACAGUCAAGUACAUCAAGGAGAAGAUCAGGGAGAAUCUCUCUCCAGAGAGGAGCAUCAAUCUGUUCCACUGUCUGAAUGAACUGAAUGACCAUUCUCUAGUGGAGGAGAUCCAAAGAUACCUGAGAUCAGGAAGUCUCUCAAAACCCAACCUGUCACCUGCACAGUGGUCAGCUCUGGUCUUUGUGUUGCUGACUUCAGAAAAGGAGCUGGAUGUGUUUGACCUGAAGAAAUACUCCAGAUCAGAGGAAGGUCUUCUGAGGCUGCUGCCAGUGGUCAAAGCCUCCAGAGCUGCUCUGCUGUCAGGCUGUGGAGUCACAGAGGAAGGCUGUGCUUCUCUGGUCUCAGCUCUGGAGUCAAACCCCUCACACCUGAGAGAGCUGGAUCUGAGUAACAAUGACCUGAAGGAUUCAGGAGUGAAGCUGCUCUCUGCUGGACUGGGGAAUCCCCACUGUAAACUGGAGACUCUGAGGUCAGUAUUAUCAGAUAUGAAAGCACUUUAUGUAUGUUACAUCCUGUCUGUCAUUGUAUUUCUUCUGUGUUUCAGACUCACUGUCUGUAAACUCACAGACACAUCCUGUAAAGUGUUGGCCUCAGUUCUCAGUUCAAACCCCUCACACCUGAGAGAGCUGGAUCUGAGUAACAAUGACCUGAAGGAUUCAGGAGUGAAGCUGCUCUCUGCUGGACUGGGGAAUCCCCACUGUAAACUGGAGACUCUGAGGCUGUCAGGCUGUCUAGUCACAGAGGAAGGCUGUGCUUCUCUGGUCUCAGCUCUGAGGUCAAACCCCUCACACCUGAGAGAGCUGGACCUGAGCUACAAUCACCCAGGAGACUCAGGAGUCAGACUGCUCUCUGCUGGACUGGAGGAUCCACACUGCAGACUGGAGAAACUCAAUGUGGAACAUGGUGGAGAGAACAGAAUGAAACCUGGGCUUAGAAAAUAUGUCUGUGAUCUCACACUGGACCCAAACACAGUAAACAGACACCUCUCUCUGUCUGAGGGGAACAGAAAGGUGACAUGGAGGACAGAGGAGCAGCCGUAUCCUGAUCACCCAGAGAGAUUUGAGGACUGGGGACAGGUGCUGUGUAGAGAGGGUCUGACUGGGCGCUGUUACUGGGAGGUAGAGUGGAGUGGGAGGGCUGGUAUAGGAGUGACAUAUAAAGGAAUCAGCAGGAGAGGAGGAGGGGUGCACUGUUGUCUUGGAUACAAUGACAAGUCCUGGAGUCUGUUCUGCUCUGACAACAGUUACAUUGCCAGUCACAAUAAUAAUCCCACUACCAUAGACGUCCCCUCCUCCAGCUCCCACAGAGUAGGAGUGUAUCUGGACUGGCCAGCCGGCACUCUGUCCUUCUAUAGAGCCUCCUCUGACACACUGACCCACCUGAUCACAUUCACCUCCACAUUCACUGAGCCCCUCUAUCCAGGGUUUAGGGUUUAUGAUGAUUCCUUUGGGAUUUGGGACUCCUCAGUGUCCCUGUGCCAGUGAUACACACACACUAU